CCUCAAAAUUAUUUGAGGUUGAAGGCACGUGUUGCACGUUUUAGUUUGCUUGGUGUUUAUUGUUUAGGGCUAGUUUCUAGUUAAUUAUUUUAUGGUUUAGGGUUUCUUAUCAUUUACCUGUGUCAUGUCGUUUUAUCUUAGACCUCCGACCGGCUUUACUACAAUAUUUAAUUUGGAAAAAACAGUGCGCCAAAGACUCCUUUGUUACGAAAAAAUUUUAACUGAAGAUAUCAGGAAUACCAUCGCCGAUCUGGAAUGUUUGGUGGAAGAUAGUACCCUAGAUCGUUUAGGACACCACCUCUUUAGGUUACUUGCUUUUAAAAACAGUUCCUUUUGCCCAGCUUUUGUAGCAAAUGAAAUUGAAUUAUUAGGACUUCGAUUAUCUGCUUACAAUCCAGAUGAAGCUUUGAAGUUUGUUAUAUCGCUAAAAAGUCAAUGUAGAACGUGUUUAAGGGCAAUUGAGGAGGAAGGCAGAGUAAAAAAUUACUUCAUUGCACUUAAUAAAGUGUGUUCAAAACUAUUGUCCUAUUUUCACAGCCCUGACGAUGUUUCAACAGCACAAAUUGAAGUUCACUAUACUUAUUGUUUCGACCUUCUUGCGAAAAGACAGUACAACUUAGUUAAUGGAAUGAUGUUGAUAAAUUGCACAGAUUGGAGAGCUUUAUUAAUGUCUUUGUAUAAAAGUUAUCUACAUCUGGCUUUGUUUGAUAUGAAGUUCAUACCUACAGUGAAUAAUGCCCUUCAAGAUGAAAGAAUUAGGGAUGCUUUAAUCUUGGCGCGAGAAUUGUUCUUUAGAAAUAAUUCACUUAGAAAAUUUGGCAGUUUAGACGUGACCCAUUUUGAAGAAGAAAUUCCAAACUUCCCGUUAUGUAUGAAGAGUUUAUAUAAUAAUUUAUCAAAAAAUAACAGAUUAGGUCAUAAUGCUAGGUUUGAUUUCAGUUUGUUUUUGAAAGACAUCGGGAUGGAAAUAACAGAUGCCUUCGAGUUUUGGAGGAGGUUUUAUUCCAAACAGCACUCAAGUUGCUCGAGUUGUACUCACAGUUGGGAAGAAAACGAAAAAAGGUAUAUUUAUGGAAUUAAACAUCUAUAUGGAUUAGAAGGGUCCAGAAAGACUUACAACGUAAAGGAUUGUUCUCAAAUGCAGAGUAUGACUCUUGGUGCAACUGAAGAAGGCGGCUGCCCUUUUCAACAUUUCGAUGACAAUAAUUUGAGGUCGCUUUUGAGAAGUUCUCUACCCGCCGAUAGCAGUGAAAACAUCGAAAUCAUUAUCAAUGAAAGAAGGGCAAAUCCAAAAAGAGGCUGUGAAAAAUUUUUAGAUUCCGUGGUAGAAAAAGAUGCAGUUAAUGAUGAGCUACAUUUUAAAAAUCCAGCGGAAUAUUAUUUCUUAUUAAAAUCGAUGAACUCUGAGGUGUAAUCCGUACUGAUUUUUUAUCACGGAAAUGUGUGAUUAAGAUGUUAUAUAUGUAUUA